AACUUUUGAAUGAAAACUGGCGCACCCAUGUUUUUGGGGCAUAUUUUGUGCAUACGUGACAUUUAUAAAUGUGACCCCUGGUGGUCCUAAUUCUAAAUUAGAUUACAAAGUGAUUAUAUCGAUUGUAUUAUAUUAGGAUAUUUUGACGUUUAUUAAUCAAGUAAAUGAUUUACUGGAUGUGGUUACAUAAAUGAGGCUAUACUUCUCAGAGUAAUAUGCCUGUCCUGUAUCAGAGCAGCGCGUGUUGAUGGAAAAUGUUAUUGUUUAGCAUGAUGUUUGAUUAUUUUAGAUACAGUAUAUAUCUCAAAAGCAGCCUAUAGUAUUCAGUUGAAAAUGGAAACGUACUUCCCUUUGUGAAUGUGGCGAUUGCGCACUGUGCACACUGGUGCGCUUUUGGGGUUGGAAGACAGACAGGCAGCCAGAGAGACAGCGAGAGAGAUAGAAAGAGAGAGGGAUAGAAAAGAAGAGAGGGGUUUCUCAUACACAGACAUUGCAUUGCAGUGAAUGUCUUCGAUGUACUCUGAGUAGCCUAGAUGACCACUCAAUUGUUAAGCGUCUGGGGAAACUAUAAGAAGGCGGAAGCCAUGAAGAAACAACUCAAAUACCCUAAAUACAGCAUCAAGGAAUAAUGUCGAUGUAUAACGGGACUGGAGAAACGGGUGGAAAGGACUACACCUAUGUACGGGUUUGUGCGUCGACCAUCGCCUUCAUAACAUUGGCAUUCUUCAACAUCAUCAUUAACUGGACUAUAGUGCGCGAGGAUCGACUUCGGGGCCAUGCGCGCUUUGUGUUGGUUUUUCACCUGUUGGUGUCCGCUCUGGUGUACUUCGGAAUGUGUUCUGUUUUCUACCUCCAGAUCUACAUCGACGCCAAGCCAGUGGCAUCCAUAUGUGUGGCCAUGAUAACCGUCCUAAUCACCAGCGCGUCCAAUAUCCUUCUGACUCUCACUGCUAUGUCGCUGGACCGUUAUUUUGCUGUCUGUCAUCCUCUGUGGUACAGUUCUGUCUGGCAAUGGCCUUGGCUAGUUGGGCUACUGACAUGGGGACUCGCACUGGUUAUCCCCCUCACUCUGCUCUCCAAGACAGAGAUGCUCGGCAGUGAUACAAAUGUGGAAUGUGGAAGGGAACAGCUGAAGAAAGGUGGCCUGGAAAAAAUAUUGUUGAUAUCUGUGUGCACGGCGCUCAUUCUGUACAGUUAUGUAAGGAUACUGUUUGAGGGGCGACGGUUGGGAGUGAUGAAUCGACGCAACAUGGUCGGAUGCAAGACCCUCGCCCUGCACGGUACUCAACUCGCCGUAUACAUCCUCCCCAACUUCAUGAACUUUGUGCUAACAGUUCUCCAGAAACAAGGACACAUUCAGCCGGGGACCAAAGAACUGUCUGCGGUGGUUAGUUUCGCCUUCUUUAGCUUGGCGCAGUGCGUCGCACCAAUCGUCUACGGUUUGCGCAAAGAGGAACUCUUGGAGCAGGUGCAACGCCGAUUCCCUUGUUGUUCCCGCCAACUGAAAAGCGUCCUUUCCCGGGCCCAGGACGCGAAUUUCAUACUAGAACCCAAAAGCCUAGGUUCUAACGAUGAAUUUAGCCUUAAGAUGCUUUUGAGCAACCGGGCCCUGGAGUGGACCUGGCGUGCCAUAACGCCUUGUCUGCAUUCCCAGCCAAGUGAAAGAAGACUGACGUUCCAGACACUCAUCUCACUGGAGCCCCCACAGACCCCCGUUUGAGGGGAAUGAUGAGAGCUAAGUAGCCACCGCUCCCGUAACUUCACUACCCACGAGUACUUUUCCUGUGCUCCAUAGACUGGGCUGAAGACAUGUUGUACCAGACUGAUACUGCCUUUCAGAUGUCAUGGAGACAGCGGUGGAUGGGGGACAUAGCAACCAAACGAAAGGUGUCACUCUCACUAUAAACAUUUGAGACGAGUAUCCAUUUUUUGCUGAUGAACAUUCAUACAGUACUUGGUUAUCCAGCAUCUGUACAAAGCUGUGAAAGUGCUUCUGUUCUACCCAGGGUGUAGUGACUUUAUAGGCUUGGGCAUCACUAUGGACAGACCAGCCUCAGACAACCUGUAAUGUGUUGACUGUACAGUAUCAGAGGAUUCCAGCAGGAAUUUGCCUUGUAUUACAGUACAAGACCACCUGACCAUCAGGAUUGACUGCAUGUGCAUUGUGCAAUAUAACCUACUAUGAAAGAGUUGAUUCAUUAAUGAUAACUGAAGCAGCAAUGUCUUCUUUUUUGUGUGAGAUAAAGUCAAGACAAUAUCUUUUAUUUGAGAUGAAAAGAUCCCGAUUCAUUCAAACAAGAGCCAGAUUGAACAUUAUUGCCCUUCUUCAUCGCCAUGUGAACCUCAG